AUGCUCUUUUCCAUUGAUUAUUUUUCAUCCGUUACUUACUUUCCUUUCUAUCUCUCUCUUUCUCCCUUUUUUCUAUUCUUUUCCUCUUCCUUUCUUUUCCUGCAUUCUUCAUUUAUUUCUCUUCUUUCUGUCUUCUCUCAUUUUCUAUCACCAUCUUUUCUUAUUUUCUCCCUAAUUUAUGCAUUUCAUUUAUUUUCUUUUGUUUUCUUUCCCUCUCUUUCACCCACGUUGUUUUUCCUCAUCUUUUUUAUUUCUCCCCCUUUUUCCAUUAACAUUCUGUCCUCUCUUUUCUUAAUCCUUCUUCCUCUUCAUCUCCCCUCCUUUCUUCUUCUUCUUCUUCUUCUUCUUCUUCACCUCCACCUUCUUCCUAUUCACCUUUCCCCUUUCUUCCUCUCACCUCCUCCUCUUUCUUUUACACCGUCCACUUUUUACUCAAUUACAAACGACCUGUCUUUCUUUACUCAUGCAAUUCCCCAUUCAUUGCUUACCAAGAUGAGAUUCAGUUCUGGCCAACACUGUACUUAUUUCUGA